AUGGCACCAUUUAGCACACUUAGCACCAUUUGGAUCGGAGUCAUUAGAACGAACGGACACCACUGGACCGAGUACAAAAUAAUGCCCGAUGCCUCACUAGUCACCAGCGUUAACUUUACCUUCGAGUGCAAGGCUGUGAAGGACUGCAAGGUGCUCUUUGCGCGUAGGAAUGACCACACUUUGAAGUACCUUGUAUACCUUGGAGCUUAUACCAACACUCGCUCAAUAAUUGACGACAAUGUACGCUAUGUGGUUGAUGUACUAACUCCGGAUAUUGUGAGUGGCGUCGAAUUCCGAAAAUUCUGGAUACACCUCGACGGCAACACCAUCAACGUCGGAGCUGGGAACGACAACUCUCCUGCGAUCAUGUCGUACACGGACCCCAGCACGACCACCCGCUCCUUCAGUCACGUCAGCAUCUCCACCUGCUGCGACGACUACGGCUACUGGAAGAUCCACUCGCACCCUCAGUUCCACGAAUACCCCAACGGCGCCUACACAGUUCCGUGA